ACAUUAAAUUACUUAUUAAUCAUCAUCUUCAUCUCUAACUUUCUCUCUCCUCCAAUUUUCCCCCAAAUUCAGAAAAAAAAAACAUGUCUUCUUUCAAUCCUUCUGCACCUCCCAUGCCGAAUUCUUCAUCUUCUUCUUCAAAUCCUACCAAUUACAGUCAAAAUUACAAUUACGAUUAUAAACCUAAUAAUAGUAAUCAUAAUUAUAAUUACCCACCUCAAACUCAAACUUACCAUGUAAAUCAUCAAUCAUAUCCUACUCCUUCUACUUCAACUCCUUCAUAUGGUGGAACCCCACAACAAAAUUAUGGGUAUAAUUACAACCCGUUUCCUCCAGGAACUGACCCGGAAAUUAUUCGGAGCUUUCAGAUGGUUGAUCGUGAUAAUAGUGGUUUUAUUGAUGAUUUUGAGUUGCAAAAUGCGCUUUCUUUUGGUUAUCAUCGAUUUAAUCUUAGUACAAUUCGUCUACUUAUGUUCCUUUUUAAGAACCCAAGUGAAAGAUCUUUGAGAAUUCGUCCUGCUGAAUUUGCUGCAUUGUGGAGUUGUUUGGGUGAAUGGCGUGCAAUAUUCGAGAGAUUUGAUAGAGAUCGAAGUGGGAAAAUUGAUUUGGAAGAGCUAAGGGAUGCUCUUUAUAGUUUAGGCUAUGCAGUUCCUCCACCAGUACUUCAACUUUUGAUUUCUCGUUACAACAAUGGGAGUGGAGGAAAAGCUCAGCUUAGUUUCGAUAGUUUUAUCGAAUGCGGAAUGGUUGUAAAGGGUUUGACAGAAAAAUUCAAAGAGAAGGAUUCGCGCUACACUGGUUCUGCAACUAUCACCUAUGAUGAUUUCAUGUCUAUGGUUCUUCCAUAUCUUGUAACUUAUAAUUAACUGAAUGGUAUUUCAUGAUUUGUGUUUGUCCAGAGUGCAUCUUUGCUGUAUAUGAAUGUAGGUUUUUUAGGCCGAUUUUCAUCUUGUUCUUGUUGCAAUUUUGUGAAUCCUGAAUAAAAAGUAUUGUGGGGAGACCACCUUGCUGUGUAA